UCAUCAUCCAAUUCAUCAUUUCCUUCAGCAUAAAAUAGAAAAAUGACAACGAAACAAGAUGGCGCAAAAAAUCGAUCUUAUUCAAGACAAUUCAAUGUUUCAUCGCACUCGAGCAGAUCUUGGAAGAAUCGAGAGAAAUGCAGGAGGUCAAUCUUAUAUUUACCUGCUAAUGUCUGGUAAAUUUUUAAAUGCAUUUGGAAUCUUCCUUUGUUAUGGAUUGCUGAAAGAUACAUCACUUUUGCAAGCUCUUUUCUUUUUCAAAGCAAUUUCAUCGUGUAUUACCAUAGUUCUUCAGAGACCAUUUACAACUGGAAAAAGGGUAUCUAGGACACAGUGGCGGGCACUUAUAUUCACAUCAAUAUGUAAUGUGAUCAUUACAUUACUUUGGCUAGAUGCCCUCACUAUCUGUGGCCCUUUAAGAACUAUUCUACUUUAUCAGCAAUGCGAUGCAGUUGUGCUAGCAGCAGUAGGGAUUCUUUUCCAAGGUGGAAGUAGUUUUGCGUCAAAGAUACGUGGAGUCACUUUGUUUUUUCUUGGUUUACUUUUCUUAUUGUUCUUUGAUCAUGAUGAAAGACAUGAUCAUGACACUCACCCUGAAGGUGAACAUAAAAGUGACACAUUUCAUCAUCUUUAUCAUUUUUUUGUCUGGCUAGGCCUACCAGACCACAAGGGUGGUAUAUUUAUUUUGUUACUGGUUUCAAUUUGCAAGGUUUUUUAUAAUAGUCAUGUUAAGAAGUUAUCAGUUGACAUUGGAGGGAGCAAGCGUAUGAAUUGCUUGCUUGUCCUAACAGAAACGUUGUUAUUAGCUCCUUGGUUAAUCGCAAGCUACUUUCUAAAGGACGAGCAAUUUAGAAUUCCAAAUUUAUUUCCACUGGUAUCUGUUGCGUUCAUUGUCUUUGUCGUGGAUUUUUACAUAGAAGCAAUCUGUUCAGCAAAGCUUGAGUCGCACGUGUCAUCACGAAUUAGCUCGAUAUCCUCCUUCAUAGCUGCUCUUGUCAUUGGAUACUUUUGGGAGCAUGUCCCAUACGCUGAUCUUAUGCCGUAUGAAAUUCGCAAGCAUGGUAUUGCCGCGGGGGCAGUUUUGGCUACUGUCUGCUUCAUUGCUGCAACGCGAAUCUUAACUAGACCAGUGCCAGUCAAGCCUGGAGUGUCAAAGGGGAUGUUUGUCGGCUAUUCUAAAGGAGGCCAGCCUCUUUAUAGUUUAACGGGACCUGGUGGAACUCUGCCACGAUCGCCUCUUUCUGUUGCUAGAAAUUUCUUAAGACAAAUUUUGGAAGCGCCAGAUUCCAGAAAUAUAUUCUUUUAUCUAUGUUUAAACCUGAUGUUCACCGGAGUUGAGUUAGUGUACGGUGUAUGGACAAAUAGUCUUGGUUUGAUCUCGGAUGGAUUUCAUAUGCUGUUCGACUGUUCAGCUUUGGUUUUAGGGCUUGUUGCUUCCCUCAUGUCGAGAUGGAAGGCAACAAAGGUCUUUUCAUUUGGGUAUGGUCGCGUGGAGAUCCUCUCUGGUUUCGUUAAUGGUUUAUUCUUAGUUGUGAUAGCUUUCUUCGUGUUUGUGGCUGCACUUCAAAGACUUAUUGAUCCACCCACAGUCAAUACAGAAAAGCUAAUGGCCGUUUCUGUAGCUGGUCUGCUCGUGAAUAUGAUUGGAAUCUUUGCGUUCAGCCAUGCCCAUUCUCAUGGUGGAGCAAAGUGCGAUCAUGAUGCUCAUUUUGGUCACAGCCACCAAGAGAGACACAACCAUAACAGUGGACAUGGACACAGCCACCAUGGGACACACGGACACAGUCAUAGUGGGCACGGUCAUUCGCAUGAAGGCCCUAAGAAGCAGUCGAAAGGGACAACUAACAUGCAAGGUGUGUAUCUCCACGUUGUCGCAGAUACUUUGGGAAGCGUAGGUGUGAUCGUAUCAUCAUUUUUCAUCCAACAAUACAACUGGUACAUUGCAGAUCCAAUCUGCUCCUUGUUCAUCGCCGUGUUAAUAUUUCUCAGUGUCAUUCCGCUCCUUAAACAAAGUUCACACGUGUUGCUGCUGCGUACUCCAUCGGAAGUAGAAGACACCUUACAUGAAGUACUUGCAAAGAUAUUGUCUAUUGAAAAUGUGCUGUCAUAUAAGGAUCAGCAUUUUUGGCAACACUCAGCCGAUUUAGUGGUUGGUACAAUCAGUCUUCAGGUGACGCCAACUGCAAUCGAGCAAAGAGUAAUUCAGCAGGUCACAUCAAUAGUUAAAGAGUAUGGUGUAGGAAAUCUGACUGUACAAAUAGAAAAGGAGUCAUUUUAUCAUAACCUUAAUAAACUCUCUGGUGAUGGAUUACCUGUUAUGAAUUUUCAAAAACAAACCACUUUAGAUAAAUAUGAAAUAGUUAAUAUAGUGAAAUCUGUUUAAGGAAUGUAAAAUUGUAUUAUCUUGAUAAAAACUCGAA